UUCAUUGUUUGGCUGGCAAAUGGCGAGACUAUCCGUGUCUACAAAAUGAGUAAGAAGGAUGAUGGCAACUUUACCUUCACUGCCACUUCUGGGGACUUCCCAAAGAAGCACAAGGCUCCUGUCAUUAACAUAGGAAUUGCAGAGACAGGAAAGUUUAUCAUGACAGCUUCCAGUGACACUACGAUCCUGAUCUGGAGCCCGAAGGGUGAAGUCCUGGCCAGCAUUAACACCAACCAGGUGAACAACGCCCACGCUGCCGUGUCGCCCUGCGGGAGGUUUGUGGCAUCCUGUGGCUUCACCCCUGAUGUGAAGGUGUGGGAGGUGUGUUUUGGCAAGAACGGGGAGUUCCGGGAGGUGGCCAGGGCUUUUGAGCUGAAGGGCCACACUGCUGGCAUACACUGCUUCUCCUUCUCUAAUGACUCGAGGAG